AAGGUACAAAGGUUGUGAGGUGCAGAAACCUGAUCCAACUCCGAGUAGCUUAAAAGAGAGAAGCUCUGCGCAGGUGAGGACAGAGGGAGAAGACACUCACCUGUACAAUACUAAAGACACCCAGUUAUCAGACUUCAACAUGAGGUGGAUCACUGUGCUUUCUCUACUGGUCGUGUGCUUCGUGUGCCUCAGUGUCGCACAAGUAUCUUUUGAUGACUGCUGUCUGAAAUAUGCAAAAAGGCACAGCAGAUUAAUUCAGAAGCAUGCAGUGAAGUACAGAAGACAGGAGAUGGAUGGUGACUGCAACAUUAGAGCCGUAAUCUUCACCCUGAAAAAGGGCCGGGUCUACUGCACUAACCCUGAUGAGAAAUGGGUGGUGAGGCUCAUGGAGACUAUUGACAAGAGAUCCCAAAAUACGAAGAGGAAACGGCCAUACAAAGGUUGA